CAUAAAAUCAUCAUAAGGAAAAUAAAAAAAUGUCUACAAAAUUAAAGAAUAAUAUUAAUUCACAAAAACCAAUUCUAAUGUAAAUACCAAAAAGAUUUGAACUUGUCACAAACCGCAAACAGAAAUGAGCUCACAAUUCUUACCCAUCACUGCAAAACCACCACAAGCAUCACCACCAUCUUCAACAACACACCACAAAACCUCACAAAAAAUUCACAUCCCAGACCACAUAUACAGCCACCCAGCAGCACUUCUCUUAGAACACUGCACAUCCAUCAAACAACUCCACCAAAUCAUCCCACUAGUCAUUAAAAACGGCCUCUACGAUGAACAACUUUUCCAAACCAAGCUCAUCAGUCUGCUCUGUAACUAUGGCAGCUUAACAGAAGCUGCAAUUAUUUUUGACCCAAUUGAUGAUAAAUUAGAGGGUCUUUAUCAUACUAUGCUUAAAGGGUAUGCCAAAAACUCAUCCUUAGACUCUGCAUUAGUGUUUUUUAACAGAAUGAGGAGUGAUAAUGUUAUGCCUGUUGUUUAUAAUUUUACUUAUCUGUUGAAGCUUUGUGGUGAUAGUUUUGAUCUUAGAAGAGGUAAACAGAUUCAUGGGCAGUUGAUUACUAGUGGGUUUGCUUGGGAUUUGUUUGUUAUGAGUGGGGUUGUGAAUAUGUAUAGUAAAUGUAGAGUGAUUGGUGAUGCGUAUAAGAUGUUUGGUAGAAUGCCUGAGAGAGAUUUGGUUUGUUGGAAUACGAUUAUUUCUGGGUUUGCUCAAAACGGGUUGGCGAAAGUGGCAUUGGAGUUGGUUCGUGGAAUGUUUGAGGAAGGACAUAGGCCGGAUUUGGUUACGAUUGUUUCGGUUUUGCCUGCUGUGGCAGAUGUUAAAUUGUUGAGAGCUGGUGAGGCUAUUCAUGGGUAUGUUGUUAGAGGCGGGUUUGAUUCGUUUGUUAAUGUUUCGACUGCGUUGGUGGAUAUGUAUUGCAAGUGUGGUUCGGUUGGGACGGCGAGAGUGAUAUUUGAUGCGAUGGGUAGUAGGACUGUUGUUACGUGGAAUUCGAUGAUUGAUGGGUAUGUUCAAAGUGAUGAUCCUGAUGAAGCAAUGGUGCUGUUCAAGAAGAUGAUGGAUGAAGGGUUUCAACCAACUGAUGUUACUAUAAUGGAAAUUCUACAUGCAUGUGCUGAUUUGGGUGAUCUUGAGCAGGGGAAGUUUGUUCAUAAACUAGUGGAUGAUCUAAAACUCAAUUCUAAUGUUUCCGUGAUGAAUUCUUUGAUUUCAAUGUAUUCCAAGUGUAAGAGGAUUGACAUUGCUACUAAAUUGUUUGAAAACCUGCAGAAUAGAACACUUGUAUCAUGGAAUGCCAUGAUAUUGGGUUAUGCCCAAAAUGGGUGUGUUAAUAAGGCCUUAAAUUCUUUUUGUGAGAUGCAAUCUCGGAAUAUAAAGCCGGAUUCAUUCACAAUGGUGAGUGUGAUUCCUGCUCUGGCAGAGUUAUCUAUUCCACGUCAGGCAAAGUGGAUUCACGGGCUAGUUAUCCGGAGACACUUACACAAGAAUGUUUUUGUAAUGACUGCUCUUGUCGACAUGUAUGCAAAAUGCGGAGCUAUUCACACAGCAAGAAAGCUCUUUAACAUGAUGGGCGACAGGCAUACAAUUACCUGGAAUGCCAUGAUAGAUUCCUAUGGCACACAUGGGCUUGGAAAAGAAGCUCUACAACUUUUUGAGGAAAUGCAAAAAGGGAUCGUCAAGCCAAAUGAUGUCACAUUUCUAUGUGUUCUCUCUGCUUGCAGCCACUCAGGUUUUGUGGAAGAAGGGAGGCGAUAUUUUUCCAGCAUGAAGAAGGAUUAUGGACUGGAGCCGUCAAUGGAUCAUUACGGAGCCAUGGUUGAUCUCCUUGGACGAGCUGGCCGGCUCAGUGAGGCUUGGGAUUUUAUUCAGAAGAUGCCUGUAGAACCGGGGAUAACUGUGUAUGGCGCAAUGCUUGGUGCUUGCAAAAUUCACAAGAAUGUUGACUUGGGUGAGAAGGCAGCAUACAGACUCUUCGAGCUGAACCCAGAUGAGGGUGGUUAUCAUGUUUUGCUGGCUAACAUAUAUGCCACAGCUUCAAUGUGGGAAAAAGUGGCUGAAGUUAGAAAAAUGAUGCAGAAGAAAGGGCUUCAGAAAACUCCUGGCUGUAGUUUGGUAGAAUUAAGAAAUGAAGUCCACAGUUUCUAUUCUGGCAGUACAAGCCAUCCCCAAUCCAAAAAGAUCUAUAAUUUUCUUGAGACCCUUGUUGAUAGGAUUAAAGCUGCUGGUUAUGUUCCUGACACCAAUUCGAUCCACGACGUAGAAGAUGAUGUUAAGGAGAAACUGCUGAAUACCCACAGUGAGAAAUUGGCUAUUGCCUUUGGAAUUCUGAAUACAACUCCUGGUACAACCAUACAUGUCAGGAAGAAUCUACGAGUUUGUGGCGAUUGUCAUAGCGCAACAAAGUACAUUUCACUUGUAACUGGACGAGAAAUCAUAGUACGAGAUAUGCAUAGGUUUCAUCACUUCAAAAAUGGACUCUGUUCCUGUGGAGAUUAUUGGUAAAUUUGACUCCUUGGUGAAGUACUGGAUUCUUUUUCAAGUAGGUCUUGAAAGGACGGAAUGCAACAUACGUCUGUUAUUGAAUUUACCCGACUCAAAUGGACACCUACUUUAUUUUGAAAACAUCCAGUUCCAAAGUCACUGAACCGAUAAAUAAAUAAAUUGUAAAUAAACAAUUUUGAAAUUUCAAAAGCAUUUUCAAAACGCAAAUGUUGGAAAAGUGAACUCAAUAAGUUUCCAUGCAACAUGUUGAUCCAUGCAA